UACAAAGUCCCCAUAUUAAAAUUGGAAUAUAAUUAUAAAUAAUGUUUAAAAGAUGGAUCUACCUCACUCUCCAUAUUGAUAAUAUUUUAAUUCAUAUAUACCCCCUUGAUUUAUUUUAAAUACGCCUCUGGAACGAGUAGUAGGCCGAGUCUGGAGGCAAACUGGCCAAGUGUGGGGAGCGCCUGCUGAUAUAUUGUUUACAAGAAGCCGGAGUCCUUUGAAAAUGCCUUCUAAUGGCCAGUAACCAGCUUUUGCAGGGCUUCCUGCGUUGUUGACCUUGGUUGCAAUCCUGGCAAUCCCUGGAAAUUUGCAUAUUCACGCACUCUCCCCUUGACGUAUCCAAUUUUGAAGAUGGCAACCCUCCUGCCGGGAUUUCGGUGUGACAAUUAAUUUUGCGCAGCUCAUUAGGCCAUUAAGGAAACCCUCGCCAGGGGGUGGCUUAAAAUAUGGAUUCUAAACUUGCCAUUCUAGCAAAUUGGACUACAUAAAAGCUAAUGCCUGGGCCCCUUCUGUUCCGAAAUGACAGGUGAACGAGGUCAAUUGGGAAUCUUGAAAGUGUCAGGGCACACCUCGAAUGCAGCCCUGCCCCAUGUGAAUGACAACUAAAAGGGAAAGGCAGCAAACAAUUUCCAAAAGUUUGAGGUUCUACAAAAUAAUGGAAAGAAACGAAAAAUCCAUUAAAGGCGACUACGAAUGCCAGGAGUUUCUCGCGCUGGACGAGCCCAUUAUAUAUCCUCCAGAAAUUACGGGGAAGACGGAAAACACGGGUAGCUCGAACGAGGAAAGCGGCGAAGAGACCGCGGAGGAGGGUCAUCAGGAUCACAAGAACCUGGACUCCAUUGAAACCGAAAUGGAUGAGAAGUGCGAGAGGGAGCUGGAGCAGGAGGAGGCAGGUGUUCCGAAGAGAGACUCCGAGGAGGACCUCCGCAAGAUGAAUGAACUGAGUCUCCUGUCGACCGCUGCCAUGAUAGCCUACAUCCAGUGCCUGGAGUCGCAGCUCUUCGAGUUGGGACAGCGCGAGGCCCGGGAGCUCAACCGGAGCAAACACCUGCGCAUCUUCGGCGGCACCCGCCGUCGCUCCAACAAGUGAAAAAAUGUGACCUAAGUGGCAAAUCAGCUUAUGCCACUGCUGCUACUCCUGCUGCUCCCUUUGCUGACUUUGAUGGUAUCUGAUAUCGAAUAAAGGUUCGUCAAUGAAACCAA